AUGUCGUCUGCUUCGCUCCUUGUCUCUAUUUUUCGUUCUUUUCUUUCUUUUGUUCCUCUUUGUUUUGUCUUUUUACUUUUACAACUGUUUCAGUUAGUUAACCCUGCUUUCCUUCAUUUUUUGCUUUCUCCUCUUCAUUUUUAUUUAUAUUUUUAUUCAGUUUCUUCAUCUUUUCUUUUUUUAUAUCGAAAUUUUUCCUUUUUCUUUUUCUCCUUCUUAUUUUUCUUCUUCUUCUUUGCUUUUUUCUAUCGAAAUUAUGAUUUUUUUCUUCUUAUUUUUCUUCGUUUAAUUAUUUUUUGCAUUAAUUUUCAUCGAUUUCCUUAUUUUUCUUCUUCUUUCGUCUUUUUCUAUCUAAAUUAUAUUUCUUUUCUUAAUUUUCUUCGUUUAAUUAUUUUUUGCAUUUAUUUCCAUCGAUUUUCCUAUUUUUCUUUUUCUUCUUUUUCUUUUUCUUCUUCUUCUCAUUAUUAUUCGUCUUCUUUCAUUUUAUCUUUUCUGAUCAAAUCUAUUUCAUUUUAUUUUCAUCUUCCCUUUCUUUAUUUACUUCUUUCCUACAUUAAUUUAUUAUCAAUUUUCUUCGUCACCUUCUUCGUCUUCUUCUACUUCUUCGUCUUCUUCUUCUUCUUCUUUUCUUAUUCUUCUUCUUCUCCUUCUUCUUUUCUUCUUCGUCUUCUUAUCCUUCUUCUUCUCCUUCUUCUUCUUCUUUUUCUCCUUCGUCGUCGUCGUCGUCUUCGUCUUCUUCUACCCAGACGCUGUCAGUUAUUGCUAGAGGAAAGAAAGUUAUUAAAGUAA